AUGGAUCCAAUCAACCCGAAUGAUCCCAUUCUCACUAGGCGACUAGAGAUGCUUGCUCAGAACGCCUUGUCCGUUGAGAGCGCCGAUAGGGAGAGGGCAGAACAGGAGAUCAGGGAGUUUCAGAAUCGCGUAGACAUACAGAGUGGUUUUGUGCUUUUGCUUCUCAACGUAGCGAGCUCCCAAAGCCCUGCAGCCUCUUUUUGUUCAAUUGUGUUUAAAAACACAGUGAAGAACUGCUGGAAUGAGGGAACAUCAGAACAUUGUGUGGCGGAGAGUGAUAAGGCUUUUGUUCGCAACAACAUUACAGGUAUCAUGUUUAGCGCUCCUCUGAAUGUCCAGCGGAACUUAGCAGAGGCCAUUUCUAUGAUAGCUGAGACUGACUUUCCGUCCGCAUGGCCUGAUGCGCUGCAGCGUAUUAUUCAUGUUCUAAUGAACGAAAAGAGUGUCGUGCUACACAGCGCAGCGUUAUCUACGGCUCACAGCAUUCUCGGACGUUAUCGUAAUCAGCCGGACCUUUCCCAGGAAACUGCCAAUGAUCUGCGAGUAAUAUACACGGAUUUAACGUCACCGCUUCUUAACUCAAUGGUGUUGCUUGUGGAUGCUGUGGAAAAGUGUGGGACUGACGCUCAUGCUGCGUGCACGGGUCUUACCUCCGCUGUGGAGUGCCUUCGUGAUAUAACUGCUUUUGAUCUUGGUGACGAGUUUAUCUGGGGAAUCGAGGGGUUCGUCCGUGUUUUAUUACGUUGUCUUCAACUCGGUGGCUCUGGUGUAUUGGGGGCAUGUACAAUAGAGCUGAAGUCCGUCGUAAUCAUGUGUGUCUCGCACUUUCUUCUGCAAUUUGAUGAAGACUUUGAGAAGUACGCCUCGGAAUUCCUUAAGGUUGUGUGGGACACCAUUUCCUCCCCUUCGAGCUGUGAGAGUGAUAUGGACGAUAUUGUCGUUCAGGGGAUGGGUCUUUUAGCGGCCGCCUGUCGUGGCGCGACACGGGAAGUUUUUAACAAUGAGAGUGUUCUUGUGAAUUUAAUGACCGAGGUUAUUAUGCCAAACCUUGCGCUGCGGCAGGUGGAUGUUGAACUGUUUGGGACAGAACCCGAUGAGUAUAUCCAGAGGGAUAUUGAGGGUAGUGACUUUCACACUCGGCGGCGCGAGGCAGGUGAAUUGGUACGAGCGUUGCUGUUAUUCUUCCCUGAAAAAACCGGGCCACUCUUCACGGCAAAAGCGCAGGAGUUGUUGGCAUCUGCCGCCCAAGGUGACUGGAAGGCUAAAGACUUGGCCAUUUAUCUCGUGUCUGCGCUCUCGUUGGAGGGGCAACACGUGAGCACACAGAGGGGUGUGACGCAGUGCUUGAGUAAACUUGUGCCUUUCGAGCCUUUUCUAAAACAAAAUGUAUUGUCUGAGCUGUCGUGCGGUGUUUCGCCGCAGAGCCCUGCAAUAGUCAAAGCAAGCUGUAUUCGAUUUGUUGCAGCCUUCCGCGCACACAUUGAGCGCUCUCUGUUGCCGGACAUCAUAGCACUACUUGCCUCCUGGAUCCUUUGUGAGGACACUGUGGUCCAGGUAUAUGCUGCACACGCUGUAGAACGUGUUUUAACUCUACAGGACCCGGGUAAACCGGGCCACGUUAUCACCGACACUGUGUUGGGGGACAAAGCACCUUCGCUUCUGCACAAUCUUUGUGUGAGACUCAACCAGGAGAAGAAACCAAUCGCGUACACAAUGCAGUGCCUUAUGCGUGUCUGCCAGAACUGUAGCGGUUGUGUGAAGUCGUUUGUGGGAGACAUCAUAACCUGUAUGGUGCCUGUCAUAAAAGAGAAUUCAAAAAACCCGUCGAACCCAUUGUUUAGUCACUGUAUGUUUGAAGUUGUUUCCCAGUGCAUCAUGUUACGUCCGGAGGAUGCAGCUGCUAUCGAAAGCGCCUUGUGGGAACCUAUGAUCUUCAUUCUUCAGAAUGACGUGCUCGAGUAUGUGCCUUACACUCUUCAAAUCAUGGCUCAACUGCUUGAUGCUCAUGGGAGUGGCGCACCCGAGCCACCAACGUAUUACCAGGCUCUCCUGGAACCGCUCCUUUUACCCGAAAUGUACAAACAAAGGGGAAGCAUUCCUGCUAUUGUUCGUCUUUUGGUGUCUUUCAUAGAGCACUACCCGGGAUUUGUGCACGGCAAGGGCCUAACGGAGAGGGUAAUAGCGGUAGUCAGGUCGCUUGUUCAGUAUAAGAAUUACGACCACGAGGGACUUAACAUCCUUACGACCAUGAUCAGAGCAUACCCGAAGGAUGUUAUCUCACCAUACAUGGUGUCUAUCUAUCAGUCAUUGAUACAGAGGCUGCAGAAGUCUAGGACCCCGAAGUAUGUUCGCAUUCUCAUCAUCUUUUUGUCGAUAACAGUGAUCACUCAUGGGGCUGACGAUGUUGUGACGCAAAUCAACCGCAUUCAGGAUGGGCUGUUCUGGAUGUUGUUUCAACGUGUUUGGCUUCCCCACGUUCCAAAGGUCCUCGGAGUCCUCGAGCGGAAGACAUGUAUAAUAGCCCUGGCCUCGCUUCUCGGUGAUUGUGUAACGUUGCAGCAGAAUGCUGAAACGUGGUCGACCUGUGUUGUGAGCUGCCUCAAAAUGAUUCACGGUGCUGUAGAAAAGGACGACUGGACGAGCUUUACACCACAAACUCAUAGUGUCAAUGACUUAGCCCAGCAUGUUGCCGAUAUCGGGUAUACAAAUGCGUUUUGUCCACUUCAGGGCGCCGUGCAGACACCAGUUGACGUCUGUCCCAUGGUUCAGCAGCCAGAGGCGCUUUUCCGAGAGCGCCUUCAGAAAGCCUUGAGUGGUCCCAACGCGGAGCAGCUGGUACGGUUGCUGCAGGCUUAUCCCGAGGUAAUGGCGCAAUUGCAGUGA